UGGAUAUAUGUGUUUUUAUGUAAAAUGGUAACCUAAGACUUGAGUGGAAUUAAAAUGCUGAUUCCUGUUGAUCAAGGAAAGGUACAUUAUAUUGUUUAACUUCCUGUGAAAUACUACAAUAUUACUAUAUUUGAAAAAGGCAUGGAUGAUGAAGUAUCUUCCUAAAGUUAGAAUAUUUAUUUGAAGUUGACACCUGGUUUGUAAUUUUGUUAAAUAUUUGUAGAUAAGUGUGUGUUUAAUAUCUUGAGCAUUUCACAGCAAACUCCUUUCUUAAAAAAAUAUUUUUAGAGACAGGGUCUCACUCUGUUGCCCAGGCUGGAGUACAGUGGUAUGAUCAUAGCUAAAUGAAGCCUCAAACUCCUGGCCUCAAGUGAUCCUCCUCCCUGGGCCUCCUAAGCAGCCAACCCUACAGCAUGAAUCUUGAUGGCUCCGCACAAGAUCCUGAAAAGAGGGAAUAUUCUUCUGUCUGUGUGGGCAGAGAAGAUGACAUUAAAAAAUCUGAAAGAAUGACAGCUGUUGUCCAUGAUAGAGAAGUGGUCAUUUUCUACCACAAGGGAGAAUAUCAUGCUAUGGAUAUUCGCUGUUACCACUCAGGAGGACCUUUACAUUUGGGAGAUAUAGAGGAUUUUGAUGGACGACCGUGUAUAGUUUGCCCCUGGCAUAAAUACAAAAUUACUUUGGCAACAGGAGAAGGUCUGUACCAGUCUAUAAACCCUAAAGAUCCAUCAGCAAAACCCAAGUGGUGCUCCAAAGGAGUAAAGCAAAGGAUUCACACAGUGACAGUAGACAAUGGGAAUAUUUAUGUGACUCUUUCUAGUGAACCUUUUAAGUGUGCCUCUGAUUUUUAUGCCACUGGAGACUUCAAAGUAAUUAAGAGUUCUUCCUGAUAAAAAAAAUAUAUAUAGAAAUGAAAAAUAUUGUGUAUGCUUGAAAACAUUUUUAGAAUAACUGCUUCAAUUUUAAAGUGAUGAAAUUUUUCAACAUAGGCACAACUAUUUAAAACUCAUAUAAAUUUGAGAGGUUUAAGAGCACACAUACUUAGUAUGAUGUAAGGAUUAUCAGGAUCAAUAGAAUACAUUUUAUCUAAUCUUCUGGAUUAAUUAGAACCUGAAGGUUAUAGGUUUGGGAUGUUCUGUUUAAGAAGGAUGAAAAUAAAUUUGGAGUAAACAAACAAUAGGUAAAAAUUAAGGUUUAGUAAGAAAAAUUUUUUAAUUUAAUUUUUAAAAUAGGAAAAAAUCCCUGUUUGAUGUAGCAGACUUAAUUCUGAAAAAGUUACAAAGUAGACUAUAUAAUGAACUUCUGUCACUCAGCUUUAACAGUUAUCAGCGUUCUUCCAUUCUUGUUUUAUUUAUACCUCUAUGGAUUCCCUACCUCUCCUAUUUGAUUGUUAUUUUUACAUUUUUAGGUAAAGUUUAAAUACAUUGAAAUGUUCACAUCUGAACUGUACAACUUUCCCAAAUAACAUAGCAGACUUUUUAUACUUUAAAAAUACCUCCAAAAAUGAGAUAAGUUUACCUGCUGAACUUGAAAAUAAGAAACUUAACCACUGUGCUAGACAUCAAAACCAAGUAAACUUUGGCUUAGUUUCUCUAUGAUCAAGGCAGAUCUUAAAGUAAGGAAGCCAGACACAGCUGCUGCCCAGCCAUGAGAGAUGUAAAGUCUCCUAUUCAGUGAGCCAGUGUACUUCGAAUGCCUAUAUGAAAUUUUCAAAUAAAGGUUUUAAAAAAUUUUUUAGAACUUUAUGUGAAUGUAUGCACAACUAAGUGUCUCCUAUAAAUAUUAUAGAGAGGAGAUCUAGGGUUUUGUUCUUUGGAGUUCCCAGGCAAGGUUGAUGUUCAGUUGGUUCACCCUGGUUUUAUCAUGUCAGUUAUUUAUGGUCAGUACCAUUCAGUUGCCUGGUGCUCAUACCAUACUAGCUGAAAUGUAUUUAAAAUAACACCCCAGACACCCACCAUGCAAAAAUCAGCAGCACAUAGUGGUGAUUUUUAUGGUCAGUGCUCACGCAAAAAUCACCACUAUGUGGGACCAGAAAUAGCCAAAAUGAGUAGAUGAUGUAUUCAGAGUGAGAAGAACUUUUUGUCAAGAUUGGAACCUAGUCGCAAAGCACAGUAAUAUGUUUAGAGGAAGAGAAUUACAUUAAGAAUCUAAAUCUAAUACUUAACAUUCUAAAGAGCUGACCUGGACUCCUUCCCUUGGUUAUUAUAAAAAUAGUUAAUGAAUAAGGUCUAUAUAGUAAAGACUCUGCUUACAGGGACCUUUGCUACAUAUUAUUACACUUCCUUUUCUGUUGGAGUAUGGAUAGCAUGAGUAGCACUUGGUCCUCAUUUCUCAGACAACCAACGAACCAGACUUGUGCUUUUUAUAGAUAUUGUUUGUGGCAGCAACUACUCACUAAGUACAAAAAAUAUACUAUCUCUCAGGAAGGUACAUCCCGGUCUAUUCUAUCAUGUGAUAAUCCUUCAAUGCCCAGUCAGGUCUUAACAUAUGUCCAGAAUAUAAAAUGUAUAGAAGAAAUCAAAGUACUUUCUUCAGGCAAAAACUGUAGCCCUGGUUUGCAGGAAUAAUUACAGAAAUAUUUUCUCGUAAGAGCCACUGGGAAUAAUAAGUAGUGUGCACUUGAUUUUUCAUUCUAAAUUUGUAUAUCUAAAUGUAGAAAUAAAAAAUAUCAUAUCAUGUACUGUCUUCA